AUGUCUGGUGUGGUCAAGAGAGCAAACGAUGCGUUAAACGCAAAUCCUAACGUGUUCCUUUACCCUCAAACCUCCGACAUCAACAUCACCACCCAUGGGUCCGACUGGUACUGGGCUGUCACCGCAGUCAUGGCUCUCUCUACUAUUAUCUUCAUGGGCCUGAGCUUUGCCGUCCCUCGCCGCAACCGAAUCUUCCACUACAUCACCGCUUCCAUCACCCUCGUCGCAUCCAUCUCGUACUUCACCAUGGCUUCUAAUCUGGGUUACGCCGCCAUCCCCGUGGAGUUCCAGCGAAGCAACCCCAAGGUCUCAGGCAUGCUCCGUGAGAUAUUCUAUGUUCGGUACAUUGACUGGGUUGUUACGACUCCGCUUCUUCUCAUGGACGUGCUCUUGACAGCUGGUCUCCCCUGGCCAACCAUCCUGUACACAAUCCUCAUGGACGAGGUCAUGGUUAUCACUGGUCUCAUCGGUGCUCUGGUUGCCUCUUCAUACAAGUGGGGUUACUUCGUCUUCGCCAUGGUUGCUCUGUUCUUCAUCGCUUUCAAUGUUUGCUGGGUCGGAAGGAAGCAUGCUGCACAUAUUGGCGGAGCAGUCAACACAACCUAUCUCUCCUGCGGUCUCUGGACCAUCUUCCUCUGGUUCAUCUACCCUAUCGCUUGGGGCCUCUGCGAGGGCGGCAAUGUCAUUUCUCCAGACUCUGAAGCCGUCUUCUACGGUGUCCUCGACCUCCUUGCCAAGCCAGUCUUUGGUGCCAUUCUCCUCUUCGGCCAUCGCAACAUCGACCCAAUUCAGAUCGGCCUCCACAUCCGCGAUUAUGACGAAGCGAUCGACUCAAACGAGAAGGCCGGUUUCGGAUCUGCAGCUGCACGCAACCCCAAUAACAACAAUAACAACAACGUCGAUGGCGCCAACACCAUUGGCGGUGCCCCAGUCAGCACUGGCGUGAACAACAAUACAUCUACUGUUUGA